AUGGGAAGCCAAAAGAGAAACAUGAAAAUUCAUAAUAUUAACCAGGAAGCAGCAGCAACACAGGCCGUGAGUCUUUUCAGCGUUUCUCUUCCCCACAACUUCCUCAGAUUUGGCUUUUCGUUUAUCCGCUUCUUUCUUCUUCUUCUUCUUCUUCUUCUUCUUCUUCUUCUUCUUCUUCUUCUUCUUCUUCUUCCUCCUCGUCUUCAACAACUUCUUAACUGUCACCUUCUCUUUUACGUCUUUCUUUUUCUUCUUUUUCUUUCAAGAUCGCUUUACGUUCUUAUUUUCCCUUUUUCUUUUCUUCUCGCUUUUCCUUCCUUCUUUUUCUUCUUUUUCUCUUAUUUAACUUUCUUGUUUUUUUUUAAAUUUUGUCUUCUUUCACUCUUUCUCCUCCCUUCCCCUUGUGUUACUUCUAAUUAUUCUGUAUCACUUUCAAAUCUUUCCUACCUCUUUCUUCUUUACAAUAUUUAUUCUCUUUUUCUUUCAUUUCCUUUUUUUUUUUCUUCUUUUUCCCUAAUCUUUUUAUUCACCUUCUCCUUCUUUUCUUUCUCCUUUCUUUUUUAUUCCUCUUUUUCACCGGUAUGCUAUCUUUAA